AUGUCACAAGAACUGCAACCUUAUCAGAACGAGGGAGCCAGUACCCCCUCCUCCUCCACCCGGACAAGAAAUGGCACCAAAACAACCAAGAACUCAAUGCUCCGCAUCUCCUACGGUUUUUCCGACGAUCUCCAGUUCCAGCUCCCAAUUGCUUCUCCUGCGGUUGUGAAGAACAGCCUUAUCCUUCUUCUGAGAGAAAAAGUUCCCUUCUUUCCUGGUGGGACAAAUCGGUUGCCGCAGUAUUUUACCUACCAAAUGGAACUGGAUGACGUGGCUGAUCAUACGGAAGAUAGUGCUCCUGCACGAGGUGGGCCCAAUCGCAGCUCUACUAAAACUGCUUCUCCACCGCACAGUAGAGAUAAAAGAAUAAACCCAACAAUAAAUAACUCCAGACGCCUUUCCCUCCCUACCCGGCGGAAUUUGAAGACCAAACUGAAUUCUGCCAACUUCAUGUGGUCGCCGAAGAUGAUGCGACUGUUCCACGAAACCUGCGUUUUUCUGGUUGAUUCAGAAACCGGGGAGCACUACAAUGAGGUUUUUUUCAAGGUGCUGGAGCAAACGAAAUGCUGUACUGCGAAGAUGAGAGUGAAGAAGAAAACCACUUCUACUCUUUCAGCGAGGAAAAAGCAGAAAACAGGUGGCAAAGCGACCUCCGCUAGCGGUCGUGUUUACGAAGAUUCUGCUGAAGAUGUUGUUGCCUCGGCGAGUGAGGAAAAGAAAAAUGAUGUUGACAAUAAAGAGUCAGAGGAAGAGACGAUAAUGAUGUCACAACGGCACAAUGCGAGCAGCGACGCUGAGGAACUAGUGCCCGGUAGUCCGGCGGGCAAGAGAAAGAGUGCCGAAGAGGAAGAUAAUCGUCCUGAGAAUGAACUAAACAACCCUUGUGCCGAAAACAACGGCUGCCCGCGGAAAGCCCUUCAGGCACGAAAAACAACAAGCACCUGCGAAGAAGAUGAGAACAACCAUUUGAACAAGACCUCCAGUGGUCCAACGCCCACCACUUCUCUCUGGGAAGACAAGCUAGCCAGCAGAAAUUGGAUGGUGUGCAUCCGGCCCUUCUACUUUCGCGAGAAAUGGCUGAGCGACGCCGACGAGGUGGAUACUUCUGAUUCUUUUCCGGGAAUAGAUAUUCUAUCCGAAGAUAUUUUCGCGGAAUGCAACAUGGGUCCGCUUUCGCGAUGCUACGCUGCAACAGCGAUAUGGGAUUUUGCAAAUGGCAGCCAGCAAACACCAGACAAGCUCUUCGGCAAAAACAAGCACGGUCUCGCUAUUUCCGUUGCGUUACGCGGCAGCCAGGAGGACGAAUCGAAAAUAACAUAUCGCUGGGCUAGCCGCAAGUGUGGAGUGGCACUGAAGUGUAAUUUUGAGCUCUGCCGGGAGAUCCUACAGACCGGUACGCCCUGCGGCUCCUUUAUCUCCUGGGCCCAUCAACUUGGAAAUAAGUCCUGGGCGGAGUUAUUUGCGAUUGGGCUGUUUUUCUCAACGGAAAACGAACGAAAAGAGCUGCAAAAGUUGUACUUCUCGGACGCUUUCCAGGCUGAUUUACACAAGAGGCAAGCCUGGGAAAACAUGUCGCUCGACACCAUCUACGGGCUGGAGUUAGAAGACCUGCGACACAAGUGCCCGGACAAGUACAAUGCGGGAUGGAGCCUGCGGAAGAGAAGUCCUUGGUUACUGUCUGAAGGGCGAUUGUCUGACGGGUUUUGGCAAACUUUUUACCAUUAUUUCCCCAGAGAAAAUUUCCGCUACUUUUCCGUCUCCCCCCGGGCGCGAAUCGGGCCGGCCUGGGACGACAACGGUGUCCAGGCGAACGGUUUCGGGAAGAAAAAAAGAACAAAGAGUCUGCCCUGCAGAGUUGGGAACAAGAAAGAGAAAAAUUGCAGGGGGAAUAUCGUGAUGCCGCAGGGUGUCGAGGACAAGCGAAUGAUGGAACCCUAUGUGUCGUUUGGGAAAUUACACGCACUGAUAAAGCAAAUAGGAUAAUGAAUAACUCAAGCUGUCGGCCUCGGCUAGAUCGUGGUGUUGUAUCCUCGAGCUGAAGAUUAUAUGCGACGAGAAGCAAAGUUUGUUGAGACCACUCUGACUCGUCACUGUGUCUAUGUAGAAGUCGUGACGAAACGAUGAUGAAAUAUUAGUUGCUCAUAAAAGUAGAUUGUUCGGGUUUAUUGUGCAAGAAAACUAUUGGCGCACGACACUGUCGACGAAAAUAGCCGCUGCU